AUGCAACACGAACCUCCUUCUCGUCCUCAUCAUGGCGCUGCCAACCAUCAUGCUUCUUCUGACCAUGAUGCCGAUUCUCCUCCUCCUCAGCCCGAUUCUACUAUCUCUUCUGUGUUUCACUACAUCAGUGGUCGCCAUGAGUCGUACUCUGACGAGGAUAUUGCACUGGUUCACGAGAUCGUCACCCUCGGAGAAUCCCUGUACCCAACCCUCCCGGAGCGCGAGCGUCUUCCGACCAAUGCUUUGUUCCUUGCCGCCGAAGACGUCCUUCCCCGACAUGGCCUUGAUCCCGAGAACACGCCGCCUCAUAUCGCCCGGCUCAUCUUUAAGAUCGGAGGGCAGCGAUCUGGGAACACACUCAGCGAUAAGUUUCGUGCUGUCCUAGGGGGACUUGGCAUCCAACUUGAAUUUGUCCCGAGUAGCCCUCCGGCAAGACCCGACUCCCGCGCCUCAUUUGCGCUGAGUUACACAAAUACAAGCGAUUUGCACACGAAUAGCAACCAGGAUUUCGAACCUUCACGCGAGACUUAUGCAGAUCAACGAGACGGUGGAAGAGACCCUGGCCGACCAGAGAACGGUCAUGACGAAGCUCGGAUCCUUUCCGCCGUUGAACCCUUCACGGCAUCUCGACUUCGAUCUGGACCUGGAUCUCGACCAUUUCAGCUGCCCAUACAGCCUGGCGCAGGAUCCCUUCCUGUGGUUGACGUGGAUGCCGGCGUCCUUGAGCGGAAGUUGCAACAGCUGAAGAUGCAGGAGGAACGAGAACUCGUCCAGGAUGUUUUAAGCAUCUGGCGUGCAACUACUUUCCAAACGAAGCGAGUCAACGACGAGCUAAUGUCUAUCGCCGUCGAGUAUGAUAACAAUGAUCUACUUGGCGAGGUGCUCGAUAUUUGGAACGAAGAAGCGGCGGCGGCGGAACAGCUGAGGCUCGAGGCCGAAAGGGCUGCGGAACACGAGGCAUACGUUGAAAGGAUGGAGAGACGAGCCACCAGAGUGUAUGAGAUCUUCACGAUCCACACCGUGUUGGCCGAAUGGCAGGAGCGAGCGCAAGAAGAGCUCGACCGGACGGCAGUAGCACGGAGGCAUCUAGUGAGGAAGCGGACAUUUGAGGGCUGGCACGCACAGCACAUCAAAGACCAGACCAAGGUCAAGAACUUCAUCCUAAACAAUGUUCUCCAGAAAUGGAGCCAAGUCGCCCUGCAUCACGAGGUUCGCCGAGAAGUUGCCGUGCAAUGGCACCAGCAGGAACUCUGUAAGCGGAGCUUCCACACAUUGUGGCAAGAAACAAAAGAGCGUGCUGCAGAUGAGUUCUACGCUGUUGGUCUUGCUAGCCACUGCCUCAGCAUCUGGGUCAACAAGGCGUGCGAGAUCCAAGAUGAAUACCAGGUGGCUGUGGCAUUGGACGAGAGACUCGUGCUCGAUGAGGCGGUUAACAUCUGGCUCGAAGAGGUCGACAUCCAACAGUACAAUGCCUACGAAUGUACGCGGCAGUGGCUUGUCCAGGGUUGUCGAAGAGAUCUGGAUUAUUGGCAGGAGCAAGCUAGGCUCUCGGCCUUGUUGAAGCAGCACAACGCUAAAGAGGAGCAAGCCCUGAAGCGCCGGGUGCUAGAAGCACUAAGCAUAGCCCUGCGAAAGGUGAAGCGUGACACCGCAGUUGCCGACGCUUUCCUGCUUACAGAGCCAGUCGACCAUUGGGAGCGGGAGAUGAGGCUGAAACUUUUUCUAGAGCGCGACGAGCUUGAAAUGAAGGCCGCGGUUCUCGAGCACUGGGCUCUCGAGGAGAAGCUUGCUUGGUACAAGGGGCAUUUGGAGACAAGAAACAAACGGCAGACCCUCAACACACUGUUCGCCGCCGCCCGGCAAGCCCGCGGCGAGCGAGAACGACAUGAAGAAGAGGCUGAUUACGUCGACGCAUAUUAUACCCAAACCGAGGUGCUUGACACUUGGAUCGAAGGAACCGACCAGAUGUGGAAGCACCGGCAAAAUGCCAACCUUGUGAAUCUCUACCGCACAACCCGGCCGUGCAUCGACCAUUGGCGGGAAAGGUGCCAACAGAGCCAAGCCCGUGACGGGUUCUACUGGAAACGAGCGGAGAAGCACAGGGCCAGAUCCAUCGUCUCUGCCGUGCUGGAGAAGUGGCCAGCGGUAGCUGAAACGGCGCGGAGGGAGCGAAUGAUGACCUCGCUACGUCAGUUUCGACGGAAAUACAAAGUUGAACUGGCACAAGAGUGUCUUGGCAAGUGGUUAGACGCCACUGUGGAUGCCCUCGAUGCUCAACACGACGCACGGCAGACAAACCUCCACUACAAACGGGAGGAUCUCAACGAGUGUCUGGAUCUAUGGAAUCAAGCGGCGAAAAGAGCGGAGGGUAUUCAACAGAUUGCCGCCGACGCUGAAGUCGAAGUCUACUGUGUGAAGUGGCAAGCGCAGCUCCAGGAAGCGAAGGAGAAUAUGCAAGACGCCAUCGAAUACGACGCAGAGCAGACCCGGAAGCGUUGCUGGGAGAAGUGGGAGUUUCAGAAUCUGCAAAAUGAGAGCAAGCGUCACAUGGCUGCCACACUGCAGGAGAAGAAUGAACGGCGCGUUUGCCGCCGGAUUCUCGCUGAAUGGCAACAAAAAGCGGUGCCUGAAGCAGCAGCACGCAAUGAUCUCCGCCUGAGCACUCUCUCGGCUCGGCGCAGCGUCCGGCAGCAACUGGCUCGGCCAUCUACAGCCACAACAGGCUUCUACACAGCAAGUCAGCUGGCUACUCUCCGCCCACGCGACUCUGUUUCGUCCCUCGGACCCAUGCCCGAGUUCGACGAUGAACCUCUGAUGCCCGACCCGGAUGACCCUGGUGUUAUGAGUACACCGACGAAAUGGACAGGGAGCACACGGGUCUUGGGUUAUCGUCCAACGUCGACGCCUUCGGCGAUCUUGCCUUCGCCCUACGAAAGGGAGCUGAGACGACAAUAUGGUGCUUCGGCCUUGAAAGCCAGGGUGGGUUUCGCCGACAUCAACGAGGAUUCGGCUGAGGACUUGUAUAGAUGA